ACUGUUAGAUGGUGGGGUAUUUUUUAAUUUUCGAGCAAAAUAUAAGGGAGCUGUACUCCAGUCUAGUAGAUGGCGGUAAUGCAACAUAUUGGAUGCCAACCGCAGUUAAACCUCAUCGAAGAAGGCUUUUCGAAAGCUAACUAGCUUGAUUCCUAACCUUGCCCUGACAUUGGCUACAACCUAACCAGACGACAGGUUUGAUAUGGCUCCACAGUAGCUAAGAUGGAGGUGCUGUGUUUCCGGUUGCCGGGUCACAGUGAUGCCACCCUGAAGAGCAUGAACUCCCUGAGGUCCAGGCAGCAGUUCUGUGACAUCACCAUCGUGGCCAGCGGCAGGCAGACAUUCCGGGGACACAAAGUGGUCCUGGCUGCCUGCUCCCCCUUCCUCAGGGACCAGUUCCUGCUUAACCCUUCCUCUGAACUGCAGGUGUCAGUUCUUCACAGCUCCUCGGUGGUAUGUGAGCUGCUCCAGUCCUGUUACACCGGUGUGCUGCAGUUCAGCCCUAAGGAGAUAGUGAAUUACCUGACGGCCGCUAGCUACCUGCAGAUGGAGCAUGUUGUGGAGAAGUGCCGGGGAGCCCUGGGCAAGUACAUGCAGCCAAGGAACCCCAGCUCACCAAAGAUCAAGUCAGAAGAGAGCCACUCGAUGCCAGUGACAGUCAGUGGCAGCAGUCAAUCUCUUAUGUCGACCUCGACUGAUCAUUCCCCCUCACUGCAGCCUCACAGCCCUGUACAGUCUCAGGCUGAUGACCAUACAGACUUGCACACUAAGACAGAUAUACGACACGAUGACGAACAUAACACACUGGAUGAGAUCAAGGUGUGGGUAACAGAGGAGGACGAGGGCAGGGAGGAUUAUGACGUGUUCCGGAUCUGCAUCGAGGAUGAACAGGAGCAGGAGCCGGAAGAGAGGCGAGAGGUAGAGGAGGGCGGUGAGGAAGCCACAGAGGGCCAUCAGGGGGGCCAGUACCCAGAUACGGACAGUGUCAUAGUGGGAGGGGGCGAGGGGGACAACGGGACCCCAGCCGAAAUGGCUAUCCGCAUCAGUGGCUUCGAGAGGGAGGGGCUCCGCGCCUGGAGGCGGCGACUCACCGACUCACCCAAAGUGGGCCGGGGGAGGGGCUUCAAGAGGAAGCGUGGCUCGUACCGCGAGAGGAGGCCUCUAGGUAUGCAGUACCAGGAGGCGUGGCGUCUUCCCACCGGGGCGGAGAUGAUGCAGAGCUUCGGCCUGGACUUCAGCCAGGAAGCCAUGAGGUCAGCGUUCCUCUCGGGGAGCGAGCUCCCACGGCUAGACUACGGGAUGGGGGAGGCUCAGGGAGAGGAGCUGGUGCCCCGGGAUGGGAAUGGUCCGGCCCACUACAGCCUGGACGACCCCAGUGGUGAUGGAGGUGAGGCUAAUAUGGGGAUGGCGGCUGUGCCAACAGGUGGUGAUGAGGCGGGGGAUGAGUCUGUGGCAGUGGUAGGCUCCACCUCCAGCACAGCAGGACCGGUGGCUUGUGAGCAAUGCGGCCUGACCUUCCCCUCGGCCCACUCCCUGGCCGUCCACUCGCGUGCCACCCACUUGCUGUACGUGUGCCCCUGCUGUGGCAAGCACUUCAACCACUCCAGCAACCUCAACCGCCACAUGACCGUUCAUCGCGGUGCCAAGGUCCACCGCUGCCUGCUCUGCGACAAGACAUUCACGCAGAAGUCCACGCUGUGCGAUCACAUGAACCUGCACAGCGGCGAGCGGCCCCACUGCUGCGCCUACUGCCACUCACGCUUCGCCCACAAGCCGGCGCUUCGGCGCCACCUCAAAGAGCAGCACGGGAAGACGACCGCUCAGAACAGCCUGGAGGCACAAGCCGAGAUGGAGAGAGUGGCAGGGCCAGGGGGAGGAGAGGGAGACACUCAGGACAGAUUUGACUUUUGACAAGGACACUGGCCAAAGUGUACACUCAUUGACUAAGCAUUACAGGUUGCAGUUGGAGGUAAAGAGGGGUUAUUCAAACAAGCGGAUGUGUGCUUCUGCCCUAAUGGUCAAAAGAGUGGUUUGGAGUGUAGCUUCAGAUUUGAGGGUUGGAAAAGAGGUGUGUGCUGGAGGGAACUACUAAGACCUUGAAAGGGAAAACCCCUCCUUUUAGACCUGGGGUGCACAACUCUGGUCCUCCUUAUGGGAAGUGUAUGCUGGUUUUAUCUGGCCAGUCAAUGAAAUGGAUUGAUUAUUUAUCUUUUAUCUCUUAUUUAAUUGAAGGGGGGAAACGAUGACCUACAUGACUGUGGCUCUGUAGGACUGGAGUUGUGCAAACCUCCGUUUUAGAUCUCUUGUUGUCUCAUUUGUAACUCAGUGGCUGACCAAUAAAAUAUUUUAAUUUGUGUA